GGCAGGCAGAUCACGUAAAAAGAUAUUGAUUAGAGAGAGAGAGAGAGAGAGAGAGAGAGAGAGAGAGAGAGAGAGAGAGAGGAGCAAUGGCAGAAGUGAGUAACAAGCAGGUGAUACUGAAGGAUUAUGUAGUCAAGGCUUUUCCCAAAGAGUCAGACUUGUGUGUGAUCAACACCGCUACUAUCAAGUUGAAGCUUCCCGCAGAGACUGAUCAGCCAGCUGAUGCGGUUACUUCCUCAAAGGAACAACUAGUCCUACUUAAGAACCUCUACUUGUCUUGCGAUCCCUACCAACGACUCCUUAUGGAAAGCGUCCAAGUGCACAGCGUCCCACCAAUAUCCUCCUAUACACCAGGCUCUACGAUAUACGGAUAUGGAGUGGCUCAAGUUUUGGACUCUAGGCACCCAGAUUUUAAGGCAGGAGACUUAGUUUGGGGGAUGACCAAUUGGGAAGAGUACAGUCUAAUCACUACACCCCAAGUCCUCUUCAAAAUCCACCACACCGAUAUACCCCUAUCCUAUUAUACUGGAAUUUUAGGUAUGCCUGGUCUGACCGCUUAUGUUGGUUUCUACGAAAUAUGUUCUCCUAAGAAAGGAGAAUACGUCUUCAUUUCAGCAGCAGCUGGUGCUGUUGGUCAGCUUGUUGGACAACUUGCAAAAUUGAUGGGUUGUUAUGUUGUUGGAAGUGCUGGUAGUAACGAAAAGGUCGAUCUUUUGAAGAAUAAGUUUGGAUUUGACGAGGCUUUUAACUACAAAGAAGAAAAUGACUUGAAUGUGGCUUUGAAAAGAUAUUUCCGGGAAGGCAUUGAUAUAUACUUUGAAAAUGUUGGGGGUAAAACACUGGAUGCUGUGCUCCUUAACAUGAGACUCCAUGGGCGUAUUUCUGGAUGUGGAAUGAUUUCACAGUACAAUCUUGACAAGCCUGAAGGGGUAACUAAUUUGAUGCAACUCAUAUACAAGCGCAUUCGUUUCCAUGGAUUUUCAGUUCUUGAUCACUAUCACGUCUAUCCUAAAUUCCUUGAGUUUAUGUUGCCUCACAUUAGACAAGGGAAGAUUGUUUAUGUGGAAGACAUAGUUGAAGGCCUUGAGAAUGGUCCAGCAGCGCUUGUUGGACUUUUUAAGGGUCGUAACUUUGGAAAACAAGUAGUUGUAGUCUCUCAUGAGUGAUGUAUUCGAUCAAUAAUUGAUUUAGUCUACUUAUGUUGCCAUUUCAGCCAUUAUUAUUCUACCUUGUAAUUCAGAAUAAACGUCACACGUGUUGGAGGAUAAAAUUUUACAUCAUAUAUAUAACAUAAUAAUGUACAGUUUGUACGUGGAAAAAUCA